GCUCCUAUAACAAGUAUGUUAGAAAGGUGUAAGAUGAGUGGAGAGGGUUCUGCUCACAGGUCCUGCAGAGGAGGGCAGAGGGGAGGGGGAUGGAGGGGAGGGGGUUGGAGGGGAAGACCAUGGAGAGGAAACUCACCCCCCAGUGCUCAAAGAGGGUCCUCUCAGUCCCGUGUGUCUCAGACCACCCUGGACAGACUCUCGCCCUAUAAAGGCUGGGCCCUCUACUUCACUGAAGGUUUCAUAGAUAGUUCUCCGUAUGUGGAGAAGAUCAAAGUGUUCGAACAGUACUUCACCUCACAGAUACACCUCUAUGACAAAGAUGAGAUUGAGCGUCAGGGCAGUGUGUUGGUGGACUAUAAGGCUCUUGUUGAGGAUAAGGAGGUGUGUAUGGCUCUUCCGGACCUGUCCAAUCAGCUGAGAGAACAACCAGAGACCACCCUCAACUGUCUGGGCCUCGCCAUACACCAGGUUUUGACGAUGGACUUGGAGAGACACGCUGCAGAGUUACAGGGGGAAGGGCUUUCUGGGGGAGCCACACCCAUCAUUAACAUACCCCACAUCAGCGCCAGGUUGUAUAACUAUGAGCCAUUGACAGCCCUGAGGACGCUGCGUGCGAGUGUGUUUGGUCGGUUGGUGUGUGUGAGGGGGACUGUGGUACGUGUCAGCAACAUCAGACCACUCUGCACACGCUUGGCUUUCACCUGCUCCGGCUGCUCACACACACACACACUCACCCUGCCACACGGCAAGUUCACCACGCCCACCAAGUGUGUGCAGCCACAGUGUCGCAGUCGUUCUUUCGUCCCCAACAGGAGCUCCCCUCUCACCCUCACUGUUGACUGGCAGAAUAUCAAGGUCCAGGAGCUGAUUGGAGGAGAGCAGAGGGAGGCAGGGCGGAUCCCUCGGACGGUGGAAUGUCACCUGACCUCUGACCUCUGUGACAGUGCGGUUCCUGGAGACACCGUUACUAUUACUGGAACAGUCCGAGUCAGCCAAGACGACGGCGGCAGCAGGGGGAAGAAGGAUAAGUGUAUGUUCCUGCUCUACAUUGAGGCCAACUCCGUCAGCAACUCUAAAGGUCAGAAAGUAAAGGAGGCUGGAGGUCAGGGGUCAUCUGGAGGUGAAAGGUCAUCGGGGAUAGAGUUCUCUUUGAAGGAGCUGUACGCCAUCCAGGAAAUACACAGCCAACCUGAUCUACUGAAGCUCAUCGUACACUCCUUGUGUCCAGCCAUCUAUGGCCACCUGCUCGUAAAAGCAGGCCUGUCCUUAGCGUUGUUUGGAGGCAGUCAGAAGCAUGCUGAUGAUAAGAACAGGAUUCCCAUCAGAGGAGACCCUCAUAUACUGGUGGUGGGAGACCCUGGCCUGGGGAAGAGUCAGAUGCUACAGGCGGUGUGUAAUGUGGCUCCCAGGGGGAUCUAUGUGUGUGGUAACACUACCAGUACGUCAGGGCUGACCGUUACUCUGUCCAGAGACGCCGGCUCUGGAGACUACGCACUCGAGGCUGGAGCUCUGGUACUAGGAGACCAAGGGCUGUGCUGUAUAGAUGAGUUUGAUAAGCUGGGCCAUCAGCAACAAGCGUUACUAGAGGCCAUGGAGCAGCAGACCAUCAGUCUGGCUAAGGCUGGUCUGGUGUGUUCCCUACCUGCUAGGACCUCUGUUAUCGCUGCUGCUAACCCUGCUGGAGGACACUACAACAGGGCCAAGACGGUCUCCGAAAACCUCAAGAUGGGCAGUGCCCUCCUUUCGAGGUUUGACGUGGUCUUCCUCCUAUUGGAUGUUCCUGAUGAGUCGCAUGACCGCCGGCUGUCGGAACAUGUCAUGGCCGUCAGGUCAGGGAAGGGAGGGGCUUCAGGUGCCGUGGUUACACGAGGAGAUUACCAUCAAUCACAGAGCUCGCUGCUGGAGCCCUCUGACACACCUCUUUCUGACCGGCUGCAGGUGUGUCCAGGGGAGUGUGUAGACCCCAUCCCCCACUCCCUGCUGAGAAAAUAUGUUGGUUAUGCCCGUCGCUACGUUCAUCCCUCACUCUCUACUGCCGCUGCCCAGACGCUCCAGGACUUCUACCUCUCCCUACGCUCACACACACACCCCGUCGACAGCACACCCAUCACCACACGCCAGCUGGAGUCCCUCAUCCGCCUCACAGAGGCACGGGCAAAGCUGGAGCUCAGAGAGACAGCUACCAAGAGUGAUGCUGAAGACGUAGUGGAGAUCAUGAAACACAGUCUGGCAGAUACCUUCUCUGAUGGUAGUGGAGGUCUGGACUUUGAGCGGUCAGUACUGGGUGUUGGGAUGAGUCAGCGUUCGGCUGCCAAGAGAUUUAUCACUGCGCUCAACACACACGCUCAGCGCACACACACCAUGUUGUAUGACCUCACACAGCUACGCGGCCUGGCCAAGGACCUCAACAUACAGGUUGCAGACUUUGAAGGUUUCAUCAGUUCUCUGAAUGAACAAGGCUACCUGCUGAAGAAAGGACACAGACAGUACCAGCUACAGACUAUAUAACACACAAACAUCAUUUAAAGACCUGCUGUUACAUAAUGCAAUACACAUGUUUUGUAAAGAAUUGGUUGUUUUAUUAGUGAAUUCUUCCAAUACGCAGAUGUAUAUCUGUACAGUACCAGUCAAAAGUUUGGACACCUACUCAUUCCAGGGUCUUUAUUUAUUUUUUACUAUUUUCUACAUUGUAGAAUAAUAGUGAAGACGAUAUCAAAACUAUGAAAUAACAAAUAUGGAACCCUGUAGUAACCAAUAAAGUGUUAAAUCACAA